CUGAAAUUUGACCCAGCGACACUAAGGUUCAUUUUACGUUGUUCAUCCUACGACUACGUGCGACUUAGAGCUGCUCUGACCUUUGCCACAAAACAGAUACCAUGCCGUCGAUUGUCAAAGAAGGCAAGGACACCAUAAUCUUCGCGUCCAAGGAGGACCACGCGGAUCCUAGCAAUAUCGAGCUGCCACCGCCGGAACCUAACUCGCUUCUGGUGCUGGCCAAUGGCGAGAUCAAUUGGAACUGUCCGUGUUUGGGCGGCAUGGCAACCGGGCCCUGCGGUCUGGAGUUCCGCGAGGCUUUUUCCUGCUUCCACUUCUCCACCGCGGAGCCAAAGGGCUCCGACUGCUACGAGGCGUUCAAGACGAUGCAGUUGUGCAUGUCGCAGUACCCGGCAUUGUACGAGAGCAAAGGAUCGAUUGAUGACCUGGUGGACGAGGACGACGAUGACGACGAGGAAGGAGCGGUGAAAAAGUCCGCCGACAGCGAGGACAAGAGGAGCGCUGUGACUGCGAUUCAAGACGACGCGAAGAGGAGCCAAGAGGCUGUGAAUGUUUCGAGUACGAAGCAGGAAAUGGAGCAGGCUAAGACUAACUGAACGUGACUCUCGCGCGUUUCGUCGUUCCUUGAUGAUACUGCGGUGUCGGUAGCAUUCACCCGCGCUAGAUACAUUUCUGGUGCAUAGCUAAUGAGACUCAAGAUGAGGGAGGGGCUCUCUAACUUAAUGAAAGUGCGCGAAAUAUAAACGCAAAUAGGGCAAUGAGGAGGAGCACGUGCGUCCCUUCCGUGCGCCGAUUUUCCCUUCGCGUAGUUACGCAGGUCGAGAGGCCUUAGAGAGGCCAAAAUUCGCGAAUAUGCGCGAGAAUGAGCGUGGAACGAAUCGGUAUGUUUGUAUGUUUUGGGUACAAUCGCGUAGCUCCUAGUUGUUCGUCUGUUAUUAAAAAGACCUUAUUAA